GCGGACGGGAACGCAUGGAUGUAACUGAGCGCUCCCACAUGACAAAGCUACAGCGCGCCUGGAAACCAGGAACGGACCACGGGGCGUUUUUGUUUGUUUGUUAGAGAGAACGCAUCGAUAAGAUCCAUUCUGCGUCUUUACCUGCAGCACGGCUCGGCUGUCAAACAACUUCAGUGACCGUUUGGGUUUUUGUUUGCUUGUGACUACUAACGGACAGCACCUCUCUCGUUCUCCCUCUCUCCCGGUGAACUUUAUAGGGAUGUUAUAUCAGAGCAUCACCGCGCUGAAUGCCCAGACAGUGCUGAAGAAAGUGUAGGACGGAUGUGAAGAGUGAACUACUAGAGAGACUUGAUCCUCUUCGUCUACUACUUUUCGUUCGGUUUAACAGACGAGAAAAGGAGAGUGAGGGCGCGCGCGCAAGAGAGAGAGAGAGAGAGAGAGAGAGAGAGAGAGAGAGAGAGAGAAGUCGCUCAGGUUUUUUGGAGCUAAGCUUUCAUGCCGUCAGUCUUGCGGACUCUGAGAUGGACGUCAGAUUUUAUCCAGCUCCCCCUUCAAGCGUGGGUUCAUGUACGUUACCGACUGACUCCGGUUUGGACUAUUACCACUCCAACAAGAGCAGAUACGGUGCUGCAGAGCGAGGUGUGAGGCUCUACAGUUCCCUUCCCAUGCGCCCAAACCCUGACGGCAAGAGACUGCCCUCUACUGGGUUUGAUGGUGACAACAUGUACAUGAAUGAAAACAACCAUGAGUUCCUCCCGCCAAACCAGAGCUACACAGGUCAGACUGGCGGCGGAGGAGGAGGCGGAGGAGGAGGCAGUGGAAAUGGAGACGAAGACUACGAGAUCCCCCCCAUCACUCCACCUAACCACCCCGAGCCUUCUCUCCUUCACCUGAUGGAGCACGACUCUACAGGCUACCUCUGCCACUCACUGCAACACAAUGGGCUCAUCAACCCGUAUUCCUACCCAGAGCUGCCCACACUCAUGAUGUCUAACAUGCUGGCACAGGACGGCCACCUCGUCUCCAGCCAAAUGCCCUCGAUGCAGGAGAUGGCUUUGCACCACCACCAACAGCAACACCAUCACCAGCACCCAGAUGGCUCUCAUUAUGACCCCGCCCGUAACCACCCCCUGAUAAACCGCUCACCUCCGAUACUCCCCAACCCCAUGAGUGCACUGACCCAGCUAAACCCUCAGGUCAGCAGGAGUGCACUGCCUCAUGGUUCCCCUUCACCUCCGGGAAGUAAAUCGGCCACACCCUCCCCCUCAAGCUCCAAUCAGGAGGAGGAGACUGAUCCUCAUUCGAAGAUGGUCUUCCAGAUCACGGGCGAGAAGCGGCCGUCUUCAGAGAUGAUGAAGCCCAAGCCCAAACCCCAAAAAAAGAAGAAGAAGAAGGAUCCCAAUGAGCCCACAAAGCCCGUGUCAGCCUAUGCCUUGUUCUUCAGAGACACCCAGGCAGCCAUUAAAGGACAGAAUCCCAACGCCACCUUUGGAGACGUAUCCAAGAUAGUGGCCUCCAUGUGGGACGGAUUGGGAGAGGAGCAGAAACAGAACUACAAGAGGAAAACAGAGGCUGCUAAGAAGGAGUACCUGAAAGCCCUCGCCGCCUACAGAGCCAGUCUGGUUUCCAAGACGUAUAAUGAUCCCGUGGAGACAAAAACAAGCCAGGCUUCUCCACACAUGAUGCCAGCGAACCCGCCCCUGUAUAGCGUGCCACCUCCCCCCCAGUCGUCGUCGCCCUACCUGGGGCACGGGGCCUUCCCUCUCACCGACCUGCAGAGCUACGCAGGACACGCCCCUCGCCACGCCCUGUCGCAGACGCUCAGCCAAUCGCAGAUGCUGCCAAGCAUUAGUGCCUCUCCCCCUUCCUCCUUCCAGAUCAGCCCACCCCUGCACCCCCACCAGCAGCUCUCCCUGCACCAGAGCUCGCUCCUCAACCAGCCUAUCCGCAUGCAGCAGGUCCAGUCCCAGCCAAUCAUCUCUCACCAGAUGGGGCUGCAGGCCUCUCUUCACUCCCCACCUCCUGGGCAGCAGGGGUUUUCCCACCUCCAGUCAGAAUAUCAGAAGAGUAUUGGGGGUUCCCAGUCUCCAGGAGCCCCUGGCCCAGGUCCUGGAGGGGCUCAGAGCCAUGACUGGGACAGUGAAUACUGCAAUCGGGAGUGUGGCAACCACUGCAGUGGCAGCAUGAUUGGCAGGGACAAGCCACUCUACCUCACCUGAAACUGAAGAUCAUGCUCGGUCGACAAAUACGACACAGAGAAGUCUCCUCUCACCCCACAUCCCCCUCGCCCCUCUCCCCUCAACCCUCUUCUGACGCACGCACACUUACACACAGUCUCAACAUACAAUAAGAUGCAUUCAUAUACAAACACUCUCACACACACACACACACGCCGCCUCCCAAACCAACACCACCACCAACACCUUUUUUUUGUCAAUGUAAUGAUUAUUUCUUUCAGUUUCUAGAAGAAUUUGUGACCAGAGUUUUUUGACUAGAUGACUGCUGUCUGUACCACUUAAUGUAUUAGCAGUCCUCCUGCUGUUUAAAAUUUGCCAAGCACUUAUGAGGCCCCCCCUCCCUCCGGCUCCCACCCUCCUCUCUGAGUUGUGUGUCUAUGGCAGCUCGGAUACAGCCCGGGCUGUAGAGCACUCCUCUUCUGUGUCACCAUCAAAGUCCCCUCAGGGACCCCAUCCAGCUUUAAUUAGAAUAAGAAGAAGCAAAAAUAUAUACUCUUUGACUUCUUUAAUCAUUUUAAUUUCCUUUUGUGUUUUUUUUUUAAUUUUCCUUUUUGUUGUUAUUGUUUUAUUUAUUUCUGGCUUGCAAAACAGUUUUUUUUUUGCCAAUAAGCGUCGGGCCCUGUACUGUAGAAAAAUAUUAACUUCUAGUAGGUUCAGCGCAGGCUUUGAUGUUAUGGUAGCUUUGCUUAAGGGCCUGCAGAUUGAUACAAAAAGCUUGGGUGGGGGAAAGAAACAAAACAAAAAUAAUCUUUUUUUAAUAUUAAAGACCUGUUGAGGUCUACUGAGCGGUCACAGUGUGAUUGUAAAUAUCACUUUUAUGGGAUCAAAUUGGGAAUUGGAAGUCCAGAUAGAUUUGUUUCUUCUUUAAUAUUACAUGUAAGUCAUUUUGUGUGUGUGUGUGUGUGUGUGUGUGUGUGUGUGUGUGUGUGUGUGUGUGUGUGUGUGUGUGUCUGUCUGUCUGUCUGGACGUUAGAAUGUACCCCAUUCAUGACGUGUGAAGUUGAGUGUGUAUGUGCACAGACACACACUCCUGCGCAAGAGUGUGUCAGCGUUCGAGUGUCGAGUCUUUCUCGUGAAUUUUAACAGCCGUGUUCA